AUGAUUUCCAACGGGCGUGUCCCUGUCACCGCCUUCAACCCUCCUACCUUCAAGGGUGGUAAAGAGGGGGAAAUAGGGGCGGAGGGGGGAGAGAGAAUGGCGGCUCUAUCUGGUCAGGGCACACCCAAGCUGACAUCUGCAGUCGGCAACCUGUACUAUGACUCCAUCCUGCCGUACCGUGAGGAUGCCAACACCCAGACGCGAGAGUUCCUCGCCCGAGUUGUCGAUGUGCUGCUGGAUUACGUGCAGCAGGUCAACGACCGUAAUGAAAAGAUAUUAGAGUUCAAAAUGCCGGAGGAGAUGAUGAAGGUGCUAGACCUGGAGCUGCACGAGGAGCCCCUCCCCCUGCGUCAGCUGUUGGAAGACUGCAAGAUGACGCUCAAAAACCAGGUCAAAACUGGUCACCCUCACUUCUUCAACCAGCUGUCGUGUGGUCUGGAUAUCAUUUCUCUGGCUGGCGAAUGGCUCACAGCCGCCGCCAACACUAACAUGUUCACCUACGAGAUCGCACCUGUCUUCAUACUCAUGGAAAACGUGGUACUCCAGAAGAUGAGGAGUAUGAUCGGAUGGAAGACAGGAGACUCGAUACUAGCUCCAGGUGGAUCAGUUUCGAACCUGUACGCGUUCCUGGCGGCGCGCCACCACAAGUUCCCGCAGUACAAGGAGAAGGGCCUCACCAGCAUCCCCGGACACCUAGUCAUGUUCACCUCCGACCAGUGUCAUUACUCGGUGAAGUCGUGCGCGUCCGUGUGCGGUCUGGGCACUGACUACUGCGUGUGCGUCCCGAGCGACGAGCGCGGGAAGAUGAUACCCACCGAGCUGGAGCGGCUGGUGCGAUACCACAAGGACAGGGGCAAUGUGCCAUUCUUCGUGAAUGCCACGUCCGGUACCACUGUGCUGGGCGCAUUCGAUCCACUCACUGAGAUCGCUGACAUCUGCCAGAAGUACGACAUGUGGAUGCAUGUAGACGGUAUCCUCUUGAGUUGCAACGCGAUGUCCGCUGAAUACUUGUUUAUGACUGACAAGAUCUACGAUCCCCGGUACGAUACCGGCGACAAGUGUGUGCUGGUUCUGAGCUUCCUCGGCGUUGCCUGGUGCAUCGUGACCAACACGGUCGCGAGGUGCCGGGAAGUGCCGGGGAAGUCAGGGGGUACGUCUGGGUUCGAGCGGCUGAUGGACCGACUGAUGGAGCUGUCGGAGUACAUGGUGCGGCGCAUCCGCGAGCAGCCGGACAAGUUCCACCUGCUGCUGGAGCCGGAGAUGGUAAACGUCAGCUUCUGGUACUUGCCGCGGCAGCUGCGCGGCAUCCCACACGACAAGCAUAAGGAACUCAAGCUCGGCAAGGGUAAAAUGAUGCAAGCGGGUACCAUCAUGGUGGGCUACCAGCCGGACGAUCGUCACCCUAACUACUUCCGAAACAUCAUCUCGUCCGCCGCUGUCACUGAGAAGGAUGUGGACUUCUUACUCGCCGAGAUGGACCGACUCGGACAAGACAUCAUAGUCGAUUAA